GCUUUUUCUCUCUUGUCGUCUUGGGUUACCGCCGUCUGCAUCGCGUGGGUGUGAAGCACACAGAACCAGAAGGAGAGAUGACGACGAGCAACCGAGAAAAGAUGGAUCUGCUGAAGGCGAAAUUUGCGAGGAACCGAGAAAAGAUGGAUCUGAUGAUGGCGGAGCCCAAGCGGUUCGUGGAGAACUACUUAAAGACGUUCGACGCGAACCGGGAGGACUUGGUGAACCUGUACCGGGAAGAGUCGGGGAUGAACUUCAGCGGCCAGAUGAUCCUGGGCAAGGAGGCUAUCGUCGCCAAGCUCGCCUCCCUUCAGCAGUGCCAGCAGCAGAUCAGCGGCAUCGCCUGCUUGCCCUGCGAACUAAGCGGCGGCGUGUUGGCCUUGGCCUACGGCUACUUGUGGCUAGACGGCAAGCCGGACGCCUACCUUUUCUACCAGUCGUUCCGUUUGUUGCAAGAACCAGAAGGAAGCUAUUACAUAGCGCAACAGGCUUGGUUGACCCAUGAUUUCAACAAUCCUCCUCCCGCCUUGACUUGAACGCGAAGGAUGUCCAAGACGAAAGAAGGAAGGAGGCGGCGGCGGCGGCUUUACGGAGGCGGCCGGGGGAGUUGAGUUUCAGUCUCUGAUGUUUUUCUUUUCAAUGUUCUAGAUCUACUGCAGUACUGUCUGGUAAAUAAGAUUAGAACCGUCAAUGUCUCAAGUGGAUGCUUAUGUCUAAGUGGAUGUUUAUGUUCGGAUUGAGUCUGCCUUUGUUAGAUUGCUCUUUCCUGUUCACCGUUUCAUCUCUUAAAUAUGAUAGGCUCGCUGUUUUACUUAGACCAUUACAUUGUUGUUGUUGAUCUUGUGGUGUGAGCGUUCAUGGUAUCAUCAUCAA